AUGCUGGUACAGAUUACACUGGUAAUUCGAGCCUCGGGGUGCAUCUGCGAUGCGGCGGCCGAGCGUGACCUGCCUGCUGUCACUUUGCCAGAGGGACUAAAAAAGUCGGUACCUGUGAAGUUGGGAAGCAGACUGGGGCACUUCGAGGUUGCAAUUGGGCGUAAACUUGCUCAAAAACUCUCAGGAUGCUUGAGGCAGGAAGCGAUAGCGCUGUCUUGGCAGCAGGAAAGGCAGGAAACAGAGCAAGAAAGAGCAGGCAAGAGAGCAGAUUUACCCCCGGUCUCCCCACCUCGUUGGCUGUUUCCUUCCAACAUCAUGUCCUGCUGUACGUACCUCGAUGUACCUUAUGUAACACAGGCCACACGGCAAGCGCGAACUUUGAACAUGAAGAGCCAACUUCUUUCUUUGGCACUGCAGGCAAGAACAGAAGGUCGUGCCUUGCCCUACGUUUCUGUCCCCGAAAUGACAUGGAAGGAAUGUGGAGCCUCAUCAGAUAAUCAUCGACACAUCCUCGUCGCUGCAUUUACUUGUACACCGAUGCCCCUCGAUCAGGCAGAGUCCAACCGGGACGACCUACGCUCUCUCCCACUCCAUCCGUGCUACGAUGUCUACGUCCACGGAUAUCGUGUUUUCUCUGCCCACCAACCCACCGAAUCUUACUUCUAG